UCACUCACUCAUUUUAUUUCUUUUAUAUGAUUAUAGGUCUAAUUUUCUACCGUAUUGGUCUGUGUCUAUGUGUAUAUCUCACUUAUGACUAGGCUCUAAUGGUAGGAUCACACAUGUGCUAUUAAUGCAUGAAUUUUGUUCUGUUUUUCUGCAGUGUAAAAUGUGGGGUCUUCUUCUGAGAAACAUGUUUGGGCAGACUUUGGGUACUGGUGAUUAUGGGCACUUUACUAUUGAACAUAGCAGCAUGUUGUUCCGUGUACAUGGUUCAUUCAGAAAAUACUCAAAUCAAGGUUUUGAAGCCUCCCACAAGCAGCAUAGAAUGCUAUAUUCAAGAGCAACGAAUCAUGAUUGCAAAGGAGAGGCAGAAUCUUUGAAGCAAAUACUUACGCACUGGUAUUCAGAAAAGCUUUUGUCAAUAAGAUACCAAUUUCUUAAAGCUAAGGAAUUUGUCAUUGUUGGAAAGCCAAAGUUUUACUAUCGUGGGUGCGGAUGGAAAAGCCAAUUUGCACGCUGGUCUAAAGAUGACAAGAUUUGGAUUUUUACCAUAGUACACUUGUUUGAAAAGAUCUUUGGCCAGGAUUUCUUGAAAUAUGUCUCCAAUGCAGACCAUGGCCUGGAGAUUGCCACUGAUGAUGACCCAAGGGAGACUUUCAAAUACAGACAUGAUKAAUGGGAGGAGCAAUUCCCUCAGACAUUACUUGAGAUUGAAAGUAAGUUCUCCACUUUUAACUUGGCAAAAUCAAAAGUAAAAAAAAAUGCAUUUGAGAUGGAUGAUGAAGAUGAUGAAGAUGAGGAUGGUGAAGAUGAAUUAGCACAGUGUCGUGUUUUAGAAGGAAUCACGCCAAUGGCAGUUGACAAUGAUAAUAAUUACGAUGAUGGUAAAAUGCAAUCUAACAUAAAGCAGAGGUGUAGUGUGAAUAGCAAUGAUGAUAAUUCUGAUGGUGAUAACAACAUCAAGGUGAAAUCAGGGGAUGUCCCACAGACUAACAGUUCUUUUCAGCAGUCAGAAUCCAUUAACCAACAGUCAAAGCCAUUUGUCACAAUUGAUGAUGAUGAUAGCAUGCAAUCYGAAACCACCACAUAUUGUAGUACAAGUCCACUAUCAAAUGUCAGCCMGGAUAACUGUGAUGRAGAUGUAAGUGUCAAGGUUAAAUCAGAGCAUUUCCCACAGACUAUCAGUACUUGUAAACAGCCAGAAUCCUGUCAUCAGCAGUCAAAAUCUUUAACCUUUGAUGCAACUCCUGUAAAUCCACAGUUGUUCAAAACUGCAUCUGUAACUCGGGGUCAGUUAGCCUCUGCUAUCCUACCAACUGUURGCAGUAAUAUCACUUCAUCUGAUGUCCACUUCUUAUUUACUUCUAAUYCUCCACUUACAAACCCUUACAACUUAAAGGAAAGGCCGAGUGAAUCUCUUCUGAAUGAAAUCAUAAGAAAGAUGAAGAGAUGUACCCCUUUGGCCAUUACCAUUGGAUGCCUAGGUACAUUUAAUGUAGAUGCUAUUAAWACUCUCCUGGAAUUUUGCAAGUUAUCUAAACUUAUAUCUGAUGUAAAAGCAGAGAUAGAAUGGUUUGCUAACGAUGUCUCAUUCCCAGUGGAACACAAAUCUCUUCUCCAAAACGUCCUUUGGAAUAAGAGCCUGUCUUAUGUCAUAUGUAAACACCAUAACAAGAUAAUUGAUGUAGAAGCUUUUCAGGCUUUCCCCCUUGAAAGAUAUCUAGACAACAUGAGCAUAGAUGUGUGCAUUUCACGCUAUUUGGAAAUGUCCAGUGCUAAAAUAUCCAGUUUGUAUGUCCCUUUUGAAGCAUGGACCUGGAUCAAUGCUCUCUCUGAAAAGGAACUUUGUGACAACUUAACGCACCUUCUGCAGGACAUUGACAGUGCCUCUAUUGAGCAAGUAAUCAUGACCGUGCAUUUUCAAAGUAAGCAGCAUUGGGGUCUCAUUGUAGCACAUGUAGAAGGACAUGUGCUAUAUGUUGAUGAUGGCCUCAACUCUAGACCACCCCGAUUUGCAGUAAGAGGAAUGUGCAAAAUCCUAAACUUACUCCAACAAGUUCUGCCAGGCAGCCAUAAGUAUUUCUGGGAUUUCAAGAAUGUAUCAGUAAUGCCCUUUGGAAUGGACAACCAAAAUGUUUCUGCCAGGACAAGCGGCAAUGGGUCUGGUAGCUGUGGCCUUGGUGUUAUCUUAGCUGCAAGGGAUUUCAUAGAGAAUGGUGUUGCUGCUGUAAACAAGAUGUCUUGGCAAUUCAAAGACACACCCCUUUUAAGGAAGCAAGUUAUGCUAGAUGUGAUAAGCUGGGGCCAAUAGCAGGUUUAGAAAAACGCUAAAUUUUAUCUAGAAAAUGCAAUCAUAUCUUGUGAGAAGCAUUUUAAGACAAUCAGUACUGGACGUCAAACACUAGAGCAAAAUAGUACUUUAAAUCAUUACAUAAAACAAAUUGUAUUAUUUUGGAA